CUGGACCGAAAAAAGUGAGGCACCGGGGAGGAAGGCACUCUUUGUAUCCCGCGGGAGAGAAGAUUGGGUGCCCAGCGGUGUAUAGUACGUCCGGGACGUGGGACGGCGACCCUGUUCUGGCAGGUGGAAUUGGGCUAUUCAUUGAAGCUUCUUUCCCUGGUGGCCCAGGGACAAUUUUACAUUUUGACUCUUUUUACCAUGGCUUUGGUUCACAAAUUGCUGAAUGGCAUUUACAUUUUCAGAAAAUGCCAGAUGCCAAGUGCUGCCACGCAUUUAUUUUUGGGUACUCGCUUUGCAGACUAUUGUUCCAGUGGUCUUCAGAAACCAGUGGUUGCUCCUGGAAAAGCCUCCUCUCAGAGGAAGACUGAAGAGGGUUUGCAAGGACAUCACCAGAGAGAAGUUGCUUUGGACAUAACUUCUCCUGAUGAGAAGCCUGAAAUUAAUUUUGAUAAAGCAGUUCAAGAUGAAAUAAAGGACCAUUUUAGGCGCUUGAAGGAUGAUUUUGUGAAUCGUUGGAUAGGGCCUGAAGGCCGCCCUUUGCAUGAAGUCUUGCUGGAACAGGCUAAGGUUGUCUGGCAGUUCCGUGGAAAAGAAGAUUUGGAUAGGUGGAUAGUGACUUCUGAUAAGACAAUUGGAGGUAGAAGUGAAGUGUUCCUGAAAAUGAGCAAGAAUAACCAAAGUGCUCUGCUGUAUGGAAAUCUGAGUACUGAGGCACCUCUGGAUGGGGAAAGCAGCCGCAGUGGGUACUGUGCAAUGAUAUCCAGGAUUCCAAGGGGCCCUUUUGAGAGGAAGAGGUCUUAUGAUUGGUCCCAGUUCAACACUCUUUAUCUCCGUGUGCGCGGGGAUGGCCGGCCUUGGAUGGUGAAUAUUAGGGAGGACACAGAUAUAAUCCAGCGGAAGAAUCAAAUGUACAGUUACUUCAUGUUCACUCGUGGGGGACCCUACUGGCAGGAGGUCAAGAUUCCUUUCUCCAAGUUUUUCUUCUCUAAUCAAGGAAGAAUCCGUGAUGCCCAGUUUCAGCUUCUGCUUGAUAAGAUCUCUUCUAUUGGAUUCACCUUGGCUGAUAAAGUAGAUGGUCCAUUCUUCUUGGAAAUAGAUUUUAUUGGAGUAUAUACUGAUCCAGCCCACACAGAAGAAUUUGCCUAUGAAAAUUCUCCAGACCUUAGCCCAAGACUUUUUAAAUAGAGAUCAUGUGGUAGUUUUGUGUUACAAAACCAAGGAUAGUAGCAUCCACAGUGACACAGACAAAAUAAAGUAUGUCUUUAAGAACAUCCAAUAAUGGCUGGUAUGUAUUCUCUAAGACAAGGCUAAAUGCUAUUGCCAAGAGGGUCCAGAUAAGGCAAACAGAGCAUGAAAGUAGGUUCUGAGCUGUGCCUUAGCUCACAGAAUACAAAUACAGAUGCAGAGGUGCUGUGUAAAUCACAAAGUUAGUUUUUGAUCAGAAUGUUUCCCAUUAGGAGCAUUUCCUAAUGCAGAUUCCAAAGAAGGAGUCGGUGAGAUGACUUGAUGGCAUUCUACCACUGUAUUCCUUAUAGGUGUUUUCUAAUCCAUUUUUGAGGACAGGCGACUGCUAAAGAAUAUUAAGAUAGAGUUAGAAGUCACUGGGAAAUGAGAUAGAUACCUAGAGAGCUAGUCCUCCAAAGAUGCACAGUCUUUACCAGUUCUUACUUUAUAGUGACUUCUAUAACCAUUGGAGAAACUAAAUCAAAAUUUGACUAGUGUCCCCAAAGCUUCCCAAUCAUUGUACAGAUUGGAUAUGCUGAAAAUAAGGUCCUCAUUAAUACAGUUUAAAUUGAUCAAUAUUGUCAUCUUAGAGGAGAUAGGAAAUGAUAAUAUAGCCAGAGUACCCUCAGAGAGCCAAGUUUACAAAUAACAGAAACUUUUUUCUAAUGUCUUGUCCUAAAAUCCAUUUUGUAUAGUUCCAUGUAAUUACCUUUUCUUUCUUAACAGAUUUAUUGAGGUAUAAUUUACAUACCAUAAAAUUCAUGUUUUAACUAUACAAUUCAAUUUUUUAAAAUUGUACAACCAUUAUCAGUCUAAUUUUAGAAUGUUUCUACCACUCCUAAAAGAAACCUCAAUGUCCCUUUGAAAUUGUACAUAUUUAAUGUGUACAAUUUGAUUAGUUUUGACGUACUUGCCUGUGAAACCAUGACAAUCCAAAUGAUUGUAAUCCCCCCACCCCCCACCCCAUCUCUAGGCAACCUGUUUUCUAUUACUAUAGACUACUUUGCAUUUCCUAUCCUAUAAUUUUAUAUAAAUGGAAUCAUACAGUAUGUAGUUUUUGGUCUGGAUUUUUUCAUUCAGCAUAAUUAUUUUGAGAUUCAUCCAUGUUCCAGUAUGUAUCAAGUUUCUUUUAUUUCUGA